UACAUAAGAUUAACUACAAAUUAUGAUAAACACAUACUUUCUCGUACUGAACACUGUUUCAAUACGUGUCAUUCCUACCCCUUGAGUCAGUUAUUGAAGUCUGGAUUGAGAUCUAAUCUCCAAAUUGCAGUGGCAAUUGAAACAAUAGAAUUCCAAUCAUCAAUGUCGUGGCAUCAAUUAAUCACAGCUUUUGUCAAUGCCCAUCUUUUUUCUGCAUGUACUCAUAUUCCUCCCAUGUAAUUUGCACUUGUGUACUUUUUGAUAAAGAGACACGAUGAUGGAUGGUGGGCUAAUAAGUGAAAAUACCAUUUGAAAUAGAUUGUCCCAUAAGGAAGACUAUGAUGUUCAGUUGAGUUUUAUUAGGCGUACCUGCCACUUUUUGCUGUGGAAUUAUCACUGAGCAGCAACAGCAACUAAAAAUCUAAAAAUGUCGCUGCCGGAAGGAGUUGAAAUUUUGACCGAUGGUUUUACGGACAGUUUAGCAUGGGAAGAAUACCUCGUAUUCGGAGCGGUUUUGAUAGCGUCUCUGGGCAUCGGAGUAUUUUACGGAUGUUUUGGCAAUAAAAACAAAACUAAUGAAGAAUUUCUUAUGGCAGGUCGUAGCAUGGGAAUUUUACCUGUGACGCUGAGUUUGGUCUGUAGUUUUGUGUCCGCUGUAACUUUGCUGGGAAAUCCCGUGGAGGUCUAUUACUACGGACAACAAUACACAAUAAUUGCACUAGCAUUUAUUCCAAUGACGGCGGCAUUGGCUUAUCUCUAUGUGCCGGUUUACUUUGAUUUACAACUUACUUCAGCCUACGAGUACAUGCAGUGGAGGUACAGCAGGGGGGUCCGAACAAUGUGCUCAAUUUUCGCCAUAAUUCACCUGAUGUUUUACAUGCCAAUUACUGUGCUUGGACCAGCGCUGGCUAUCGAUCAAGUUGCUGGAUUUGACUACCGAAUAUCGGCCGCAUCAAUUUUUAUUGUGUGCAUUGCAUAUUCAUCUUUGGGGGGGUUAAAGGCAGUUUUAUGGACUGAUGCUCUACAAGCCGUGGUGAUGAUGGGGGCUCUGUUCUCGCUUGCCAUUUGUGGUGUAAUCGAAGUGGGUGGAUUUGGUGUGGCCUGGGAACGAUCUGCAGACACGGAAAGAACGAAAUUUUUCAACAUGGAUCCCGACCCCAGGACUCGCCACACUUUUUGGACUGCGAGCAUUGGUGGCACCCUGUUGUGGUUACCACUUUUUGCUGCAACGCAGGCACAAAUCCAGCGCUACAAUUCAGUUCCAACGUUACGUCAGUCUCGACAGUGCUUGGUGUUUAACAUGGUUGGCAUGAUCCUCGUAAUUUUCUUGUGUUCUUUCUUGGGAAUGCUGGUUUAUGCUCAGUACGUGGAUUGUGAUCCGGUGAAAGCAGAGAUCGUGACGUCUGCAGAUCAACUUUUGCCACUCUUCGUGAUGGACGCACUAAGGGAUUAUCCAGUCCUGCCUGGGUUGCUGAUUGCUGGGAUCACCUGUGGAAGUCUGAGCACCGUGUCAUCCGCGUUAAAUUCCCUGACGGCUCUGCUCACUGAAGAUUUCUUGAAACAGUACCGACCAGAUUGGGACGAGAUCAAGCUUGGUUACGCCUCAAAAGCAUUUUCCACGGCCACAGGAAUUUUGGCAUUUGGAUUAGUCUUCAUUGUGAAAAUUGUAAAUGAGACAAUCCAAAUUUCACCGUUUUCCACUCUAAUCCAUGGAGCCCUUCUCGGUCCAAUUUUGGGUGCAUUUAGCUUAGGAAUGUUUCUCCCCUGGACUAACACAAUAGGUAUUUUAUUGGGGAUGGCUUGUUCCAUUGCGUUAUCCGGAUUUGUUGGGUUGGGAAACAUUUUUGCUGGAAGAGAGGAUCUCCUUCCCAACAUGCGCCUAGACCUGACCCUUCGAGGCUGCCCUUGUACCAAUGGAACCAAGGUAGAUGUCUGCACGGGCUUUUACGACCCUAGCGAGUGGUGGAAGCUGGAUUUAGCAGAUAACAGUAACUGGAAAGACAAUGAUUACUCAUUUUGGGUUAAAGUUUGGUCAACAUCCUACAUUUGGCUGCCAGGCAUCGGGGGCUUGGCCACGUUACUUUUUGGUACAAUAUUCAGCUUCAUUGUUAUUGCUGCGACAAAGUCCACGACAAAAGUGCAUGCAAAGUUAUUAAGUAAACCAUUCAUUCGCUUGUGGAACCGCAUUUUGGGAGAAGAAAGAAUGAACGAGUGGAUUGACUAUGAUGAGAAAGUGCUGUUUGGAAAGGAGAAAACGCAGAAUGCAACCGUCGACACCGAUGGCGGCGCAGAGUGGGCGAAGGAUUUGGAAAUGACCAGUAUACCAAAAGCAAAAUUUACACCAGAUUCUCCAUAUGCGCAUGGUUAAAUUAUUAUAUGUGUAUGUUUGCAUAAAUGUAGUUGACAAUAUAUUUAUAUUUUAUUAACAUUGGUUAAAGAUCUGUGUGUACAAAAAGAUUUGCAUAUUAAAAACCUGCUGUGUUGACAAA